AUGUCCACGAUGCAGUUCACUAUCGAUCAGUUACGAAAUAAUAAUAGACCAAUAUUUAUGGACAAACGUAAUCCAUAUGUGCUAAUUAAUGAUAUUUUGUACAAAGUGAAAAAUUCAAAUAGACAUUAUAACCAACGGGAAAUUGGAAAUAAACACCUUUUGGUUAUUCCAAAGUCUAUGCAACAAAAAUUACUAUCUUGGGCACAUGAUAAUCCGUCAGCUGGUCAUGGUGGUCAACAAAAAACAUUAUUUCGAUUAACUACUCGUGUAUUUUGGAACUCAAUACGUAAAGAUGUAUAUAAUUAUGUGGCGUCAUGCCAAGCCUGUUAA